AGAAAAGAUGACAAGCUGCAGAGAGUUGCUGUGAACUUUUUUUGUCUUUAGCUGUACCACGGACGACAUAUUUCCAACUAGAGAACAAACCUGAAGCUGGAAAGCCAUUAAAACUGAACGUAACCGGCGCAGAUACACCAAGGAGAAGAGAAUGAUUUAACCCGUCAACCAAGCGGUGAUGACUUUACCUGUCCCGAUGGAGACGCUCUAAGUGGGAAACUCCUCACCCCUCUCCCCCAGUCUGAGGCUGCUCAGAUGUUCUCAGUCGGACAGGAAAACAUCUCCUCUCCACCGUCCACCAAAGGAGCGGUCAAAUAUGGAGAGCUCAUUGUGCUGGGGUGUAAUGGCUCUCUGCCCAACGGUGACAAAGGGAGGAGGAAAAGUCGCUUCGCUCUGUGUCGCAGAAACAAAGCCAACGGGGUGAAACCAAGCACCGUCCACCCCUCCUGUACGCCGCAGGCUGCAAAGGCGAUAAGCAACAAAGAACAGCACAGCAUCUCCUACACUCUGUCCCGGGCUCAGACAGUGGUGGUGGAGUACACGCAUGACUGCAACACGGACAUGUUCCAGAUCGGCCGUUCUACAGAGACUCCCAUUGACUUCGUGGUGACAGACACGCUCCCCGGUGGUCAGAAUCAAGCGGAUGGUCAGGCCGUCCAGAGCACCAUCUCCCGCUUUGCCUGCCGCAUCAUCUGCCAAAGAAACCCUCCGUACUCUGCACGGAUCUACGCCGCCGGCUUCGACUCCUCCAAGAACAUCUUCCUUGGGGAGAAAGCUGCUAAGUGGAGGAUGCAGGAUGGUCAGAUGGAUGGACUGACCACCAACGGUGUUCUGGUGAUGCAUCCACGCCAUGGCUUUAACCAGGACUCCAAACCUGGUCUGUGGAGGGAAAUCUCCGUCUGUGGCAACGUCUUUAUGCUUAGAGAAACACGAUCAUCUCAGCAGAGGGGCAAGAUGGUGGACUGUGAGUCUAAUGAGCUGGUGGAUGGCUCCCUCAUUGACCUUUGCGGCGCCACCUUGCUGUGGAGGACGGCUGAAGGCCUGUCCCACACUCCCACUGUCAAACACCUGGAGGCACUGCGGCAGGAGCUGAACGCCGGUCGACCUCAGUGUCCCGUCGGCUUCAACACGCUUGCCUUCCCCAGCCUCCGCCGCAAAGAUGUCCUGGACGAGAAGCAGCCAUGGGCUUAUCUGCGCUGCGGACACGUGCAUGGAUACCACGGCUGGGGAAGCCGCCGGAACCCCGAGGUGGACGCGGAGAGCCCGGAGAGAGAGUGCCCCAUGUGCCGGACGAGGGGCCCCUACGUACCGCUGUGGCUGGGCUGCGAGGCAGGCUUCUACGUAGACGCGGAGCCCCCCACACACGCCUUCAUCCCCUGUGGUCACGUCUGCUCGGAGAAGACGGCGGCGUACUGGAGUCAGAUCCCCCUGCCGCAUGGCACGCACACGUUUCAGGCCGCCUGCCCAUUCUGCAUCCAGCUGCUGAGCGGAGAAUCGGGCUUCAUCAGACUCAUCUUCCAAAGCCCGCUGGACUAAAACUAUUCCUUUAAAUCUCAGGAAGUCGAUAGGAGAAGAGCGGACAAACUAUAGGCUAGGGGAUUUUAUAACUUAAUUUAUAUUUAACUUAAUUUUGAGCUGUAUAAAUUCUCUUAUGGGUUGGUUCCUGCAGUUUUUAAAUAUCAGAGAUGAUUCAGAUGAUGCUGUCCUCUUCUGUAGUGAUCAGAGUUCCUCCAGAAUUACUCUUACAAGGUUUGAAUCCUUUCUUAUUUAUUCUCUUCCCUCUUUAGUGAUAUUUUUGUAAUUCAGUGCAGAAUUUAACAGCUUUAUGCAAGUUGUCCAACUACACAUUAAUACCUUGUUGUGCCUUAACGAGCCAUAGAAGGGGGAAUUCCAGUAUCUUAAACCCGGGGCCUCAUCCAUGCAAAAAAAAAAAAAAAAAAAAAAAAAAAGUGCCUUAAUGGCUUAAAAAGUUCUGUUAUUGCAUCAGCCAAGAGCUGUAAGAUUGGCUGUAAUAGCUAUAAGAUCAGGUUGCAUUUAUUUUUCUGUUUAUAUCUUCUUUUCAGAUCAAACUCAACAGUUGUGUGACUUUUAGUUGCUUGAAAAACAAACUAGUUGAGCAGCCUUGGACCAGCAUCUCCUGUCUUUCGGGUGCAUAAAUGAAAAAAAUGACUUAGUCCGUAUUUAGGAGCUUUUUCGUCAUGAUUUGAUGAGAUGUGGGGAUCAUCACCUAAAGCCUGCAGAUAAAUCUACUGGACCAAUUUUAAAACUUCAGACAUUCAGCUCAGAAGCGGACUGCAUUCACAUUGGAAAAUAAAAAUCAACUUUUUAAUGAAUGAGACAGAGGAUCGUUCUUGUGUGAUCCAGUAUUUUCAGCACUUACAGUGUUGUGCUGUAUACUGGCCUUCCUGCUUCUUAGAUGCAUCAUCUUGCAUCUGUGAAGCACGCCGUUUCAGCUCAGCAGGUCCUGGAAAACUCGCAGCGUCCAGCAGAUCAGAGCGGGCUUUACAUCUGAAGAACAGCAACAUCUGAAGCCUGGUUUAUCCUUCUGCAGCUAAUAUGUUCUGUAGUGACCCAUGCUGUUGGGAGGAGGGCUAAUUGAUCAUAGCUAAGAUAAUAUUCACGUUAUUUUGAUUGAUAUUAAGAUUAUUGCAUAUUGCUAAUCAGACUUUCCUAUUGACGUCUCUGAUAACAUCAUGUAAUGCUUUUCCAAAGCACUGAGCAGUUUCCUGGGUUGUUAUUAGGAGCGUGUGUUUACAAGCAUCACUGACACACUGUUUAGUCAGUAGGGAUGCACCGAUGCCACAUUUUUUCAGACAAAGGUAAAAGUACUGAGAUGUAGAUACUCACCUGACCGAGUGCAAAUAUGAAUACUUCAUAAUACCUUUACAAUUCUGGAUAUUAUUUCACAUUUCUGUUAUAUUUUUAUCAGAUAUCCUUUAUCUUUUUACUGUAAACUAUGCACUGCUCAUGAAAAGUCUGCACGUUUACGUUUAAAUAUCCCCAAACUGCAGACAUGACUCCAGGUUUGCCUACUUUAUAUGGAGUUACUAUUGUGGCAAAAGUAUUUACAAAUGCAUGCAAAGAUCUGUGCACAAAUCUGCGUGUAGGUAGAUUUGCAGAUGCAUGCGCAAAUCCACAGACGGGUCUGCAUAUCUGCAAAUCUGUGUAAAGAUUUGCAAAUUUGUACAAAGAUCCACAAAUGCGUGCACAAAUAUGCAAAUACGUAGAGCAAUUUGCAAUUGUGAACUUAGUUCAUUUUGCAUGCGUGGUGAUAAACUGAACACAGUCUUUGUUUUGUCCUGGAUGCUUUGAGGGAACCAGCAUUUGUGGAUUUGUGCACAGAUCUUUAUAUGAAUUUGCAAAUACUUUUGCAACAAUAAUAGCUCCAUAACUUUCUUGCAUAGUAAAUGGUGUAAAAUGAUACAGAGUGCAGUUCCGAAGUGUUUGAGUGUGAGUUCUUUGGAUACGAUACUGUGAUUGGGGUCCUGCAUCCCUACUAAUCAGCAAAUCAGGUCCUAGUAUCAUGUUAAUGAAUGAAAUUAGAUGAGACUUUUAUUUUCAGAGGUGAAUGCAGGAUGCUUUACUAAUUUAGACCCUCUAAAAUGGUUAAAAUAUCACCCAGAUCUAAAGAAAGGAAUCCGUUUGAAAUCAAACAUGACUUUGACUUUAGUCAUGUUUGAAUUUUACAUUGUAGGAUGGAUGAAAGUAAUUAUUAAAAUGUUUGUAUUUGAUUUUUUUUUUGUAUUUGAUGAUCUGGAACAAAGUGACCUUCCUCUAAGACUGUUGCCUCUUUGAAAACAGAAUAACUGUAUUUUAUGAUUUUCAUACAAACUUUGUAAUGUAACAGCAUA